AUGGACGCCAUCAUCCACGGCUCCCCGACACCAAGACACAAUCUGCCGCGCAUCUCAGGUAGGGGGGGCCAUCGACUCGCGGGACCCACAGCUACGAUCCCAGGGCUCCCAGGGCUACCCACCGAUGCCCUUUUUAUACCCACAAUCGGGCAAAAAACGAGUCCGCAAAUCCCGGGCCUAUCUCGCUCUCCCGCCGGCAUCGCAGCUACCCGCGGGGAUCCCCCUGAGCCUGGAGGACUGGUGCGGACAGCGGGCAGGCCACCACUCACCCGACAACGAUAUGGGGAGGCGAACACAGAAGCAACAACAGGCAGCAUCCAGGGACUCCCAAGAUAUUGGGACUCUGCUGCAACGCACAGCAGGCCACAAAAUGGCGGCCGAACAAGACCAGGAACCUGGCCCCACACACUCAGUACAGCCGUCCCAGUGAAGCAGCACAGACAUGAGAGCUGA